AUGGACGACCUCCCAUACGAGAUCUUGAAUGAAAUUGGCCUUCAUCUUCCCGCAAAGGAUACUCUAUCAAUCAUUCGGUGCUCGCGUAAAUGUGCAGCUAUUUUCGGAUGGAGUCUUUACCGCCUAGACUCACUCAAUGGCCACCAGGCCCUCAUUUGGGGUGCUAGAACCGGCCGACUGAGUGCCGUGAAGAUGGCUAUUGCUCACGGGGCAGGCCCCCUCAGUCCUGUCAUUUAUCCUGAUUAUGAUGCUGAAGCUACUCUCCAGAGAGAGACUGCACUAAGUGUUGCAAUCGAGAACAACAAGAUCGAGGUUGCACGAUAUCUCCUCAAGGCCUGCCACUCAAUCGAAAACGUCUGGGCUGAGAAGAGCUAUCUUCUUCACUCAGUCAAGUGUCCCAAGCUCAUGGAAGCCCUUCUCGCCGGAGGGUUUUCCAAUGGAGUCAAUACCUUGGGACAGCCAGAUACGUGGAACAACGAUGACGUGACCCCGUUAGUUGCGGCUAUUGAGCAAAAACAUCCUGUCAGCACGAUUCGCACACUGCUGAAGUUCGGGGCCGACCCCAAUUCGAAGAACGUUUCUUCAAUGCGCCCGAAUGUGUCUGCUUUUCAUAUUGGACUCUGGAGCGAUCAAGCUCCAGUGGUGAAGACACUGAUAGAGCACAAUGCAGAUGUAAACGAGGCCGAUGGACCGGAACCGUGGUCGAAAACUCCUCUAGGUACCGUUCUUCAACAGGCCCGUUCGUUCUGCGAUGAGAUCGUAGCCUUACUUUUGCGCCACGGAGCUGAUCCAAACCUGUCCACACGAGAACCCGGCGCUGGAGCGAACCCCAUCAUGCUCGCUACCUCCCCAGACGUCCUGCCUAAGACGUUUGCACGUCUCCUCGCCAAAGGUGCUCACGUUGAUGAAAAAGUACAAUUCGAACUUGAGCAGGUACUUCGGUCAACGAAAAGCGAUGUCCUGCGGUGGGGCUCCACGUUUCCCGGUCAGGCUUGGCGGAACACAGAUCAUAAGCUUCAAAUACUUCGUCAACAUAGUGAAGGUCUGCUAGAACAGACUCAUUGGAUCUAG